CAAAAAGGCGAGAAGUAAAAUGAACAGGCAGAGACAGCCAGUGAUGCCAUCACAGGCUCAUAAACAAACAGUGGGAGCCGAAAUCCAUCAAUAAGUAACUUUCGGAAGAUCCAAUUUGGAUAAAUCGACUGCCCAUAAUGAAAAAGAUUCGUACGGGAAACAAAGACAGUGAGUCAUAACGCGAACCGACAUUGGUGUCCCCGAUACACUUGUAUGUCCUAAUUCUCAUGUAAUAAAAAACAAAACACCGAAGCUGAAACUUGCUCAAAAUUGCACUUUCAAUUAUAAGGGAGAUUAGAAAAGAAAGUCGAGAGAGAAAUGGAAGGAGAUUUAAAAUUAGACAGAUGGGGAUACCAAGUCAAGACUAACUCUGAUGCUUGCAUUUCUGUUAUCAACUCUUAUUACCAUCAGGUGUUAAGCUAUGGGAGAGAGAGGCGUGUGAUUCUUGAAGCUCCUCUUCACGAUCAUGAUUGCGUUUUAGCUAACAUUUUAGCCGCUCAUUUUCUCUGCUCUGGUGAUUCUUCUCGAGCUGCUCCUUAUAUUCAGGCCGCAAAGUCUCGACUUGAAGAAGCUACCUUGUAUGAGAAAGCGGUUUUUGAUACUAUUAGCUCUUUAAUUUCUGAUAAUAGAGACGAUGAUGUUGCUGUCGAAUGCCAUGCUAAGCUCUUGAAUGACUACCCGAAAGAUCUGGUUUCCCUCAAAAGGGCUCAAGUUCUUUGCUUCUACAUGGGUAGACCUGACCUGUCUCUGGGCCUUGUUCAGCAGGUUCUAUCCAAAAAUGAACGAGAAGAUUAUAUAUAUGGCUUGCUUGCUUUUCCUUUAUUAGAGCUGGGACGAAUAUCUGAAGCUGAGAAAGCUGCAAGAAAGGGAUGUGAGAUAAACAAGCAUGAUUACUGGUCACAGCAUGCUGUGUGCCAUGUUCUUCAGUAUGAGUGCCGUUUUAAAGAAGCAGUAGAUUUCAUGGAAGAUUGCUCAUCGUCAUGGAGUCCUUGUUCAUCGUUUAUGCUGACACAUAAUUGGUGGCAUGUAGCUCUCUGCUACCUGGAAGGUCAUUCUUCUAUGCAAAAAGUAUUAGGAAUUUAUGAUCAUCAUAUCUGGAAGGAGUUGGAAAGAGACGGUGCAACCUCUCCAGAGGUAUACCUGAAUGCCUUGGGGUUGUUAUUGCGUGUGUAUGUGCAGGGUGAAUUUGAUGCCUUUAAGGACCGUCUGAAGAUCUUAGCAGACAGAGUAAAAGAUGAAGCAAACUGGUAUUUAGAAUGGCUCCUUGAUGUGUUAAUAUUAUGGGCCUUAGCUAAAACUGGUGAAUUAUCAAAAGCAGAAGACUUGCUCAACGGCUUGAAAUCCAGAAUUUCUAAGAUGAACAAGAAGAAGCAACAAUUAAUGCAGAGAGGAGUCCAGCUUGCUGAAGCCUUGUACGAGUAUGGAAGGGGCAACAACAAACAAGCACUGGAUGUACUAGGCCCUGAUUUUAAUGCCUAUGAUUGUAAGAUGAUCGGAGCAUCUGAUGAGCAACUUGAUGUGUUUAAUGAAGUCUGGUACAGUAUGUUGUUGAAUACUGGACAAGCUACUAAGGCGAUUGAAGCAAUAGAGGAACAGAUCAAGAAGAGAGAAGGAGCCCCUUUCAUGUGGCGCUUGCUGGAAAAAGGCUAUGCAAUGACUGGUAGGCAUGAAGCUAAAGUUGCUGGUGAGAAGGCCAAGGCAUUAGAAUCUGCAUACUUCCUCUGAAUGGGAUGGAUUCAGAGGAAGUAUGCAGCUCAAUCAAUUUACUGUGUUACUCAGGCUAGCACUUAAAACUGGUGGAAUCAUCGCUGGCCUAAAUAAUAUGGUGUUUCCUAUAAUGUAUAUAAAUAAAUUCAGCUCGAUAAGACAUUGGUAAUUUCCGAAUACCAGCAUUACCUUUUAAAUUUCACUUAACAUAUAAUGUAAAUGCAAAUAAUAAUGAUGGUAAGCAUAGCAUUCUGUAAAAGGCCUUUGCCUUUGUGAGUUAGCACAGUGGAAGUUGAAUUCUUGUAGGCCUCAUAUUUAUUCCAUUUCAACAAAAGUGACGUUUUCUUGUA